CGGAAAGGGAACUGGUCAUUAUUUUAGCUGAAAUGAAACUUAAAGGGGAAAAAGAAUGGGACAAAGUAAAGGAUGCCCAUAUGAGCCCAGAGUAAAGGAAGUUCACAUCAUCUGAAAGACGACCAACACUCUGAAAUACUUGAUAUUGACAGGUUUAAAGGACUCCAGCUCCAGACAUGGCCUCCUCUUCCUUACACUCCGUCAACAUGGACACCCCCAUUCUGAUCAAGCACCAUCUCUACUGCUCUAUUUGUCUGGACCUGUUUGAAAACCCCGUCACCACCCACUGUGGCCACAGCUUCUGCCAGUCCUGCCUGGGCCGCAACCUCCACUUGAAUGACCUCACGUGCCCCCUCUGCAAGAAGCAUCUGAGGGGUAACCCGCAGGUGAACAUCAUCCUCAGGUCCCUAAUCCAAGAACUGAAGAAGGCCCAGGAAAGUAAGCCAGAGGAAUAUUCCGGAGCCUUGGGCGAGGUGGCCUGUGAUGUCUGCACUGAGAGAAAACUCAAGGCCCAUAAGUCCUGCUUGCUGUGCCUGGCCUCAUACUGCGAGACUCACCUGCAAACCCACACCUCUGCAGAAAGGCUGAAGGGCCACAGGUUGGUGGCCCCUGUGGAUGACCUGGAUGGGAGGGCCUGUCUGACCCAUGGUCGACCCCUGGAGUUGUACAGCAGGGCGGAGGGGCGUUGUGUCUGUGCCCUCUGCAUGGAGGAGGGUCACGAGGUCGUCUCCACAGAAACGGAGUGGGACAAGAAGAAGGGUGAGCUGGGCAGCAGCCUGGCUGAGAUGCAGGAAAGGAUCCUGGAGAGAGAGAGAAAGGUGGAGGAGAUCAGGGAAUCCAUGGACCUCUGCAAGGCCCAACUGGACAGGGAGAGGAGGGAGAUAGACUCUGUGUUUGAAGUAGUGAUGACCACUGUAGAGGAGACCCGGCGAGAGGCUCUCGGGCCCCUGGAGAAGAGGCAACAGGACAUGGAGCGAGAGGCAGAAGAACUCACCCAAGAGCUGCAGAAAGAGAUCAGACAGCUGAGAGACAUCAUCGGUCAGCUGGAGGACGUUGCUAACCUAGAGGAUCACAUUCACUUCCUGCAGACCUUCCCAUCUCUGUCGGGGCUGGGUGAUGGUAGAGACUGGACUGAGGUCUCACUUGAUACUGAAGUCUCCUUUGGUACCAUGAGAAGCAGCCGUUCAGCCAUGAUGGAGAAAAUUGAGCAGGAGCUUGAGAAGCUCUCCUCGAUUGAACUUGAGAGGAUCCUGAAGUUUGCAGUUGAUGUGACCCUGGACCCAGACACAGCCAACAUACAGCUGGUUCUCUCUGAGGACGGGAAAGAGGUGAGAGACGGAGGGAAGAUACAGGACCUCCCUGACCGUCCGGAUCGCUUUGAUCACUUCGGCAGCGUGCUGGGGCACAACAUGUUAACGUCUGGGAGAUCAUACUGGGAGGUGGAUGUCGGGAACAAGACGGGUUGGGAUCUGGGAAUUGCAAGAGGAGAUGCCAACAGGAAGGGGCAACUCUCUGUGAAUCCUACUAAUGGUUACUGGGCAAUAGUGCAUUAUAAUGGGGACCAAUACGGAGCCUUGGGGGACCCUCCUUUUCUCUUGUCACUGAUGGAGAAACCCCAGAAGGUGGGGGUGUUUGUGGAUUAUGAGGAAGGGUUGGUGUCUUUUUAUGAUGUGGAAGCUAAGGCUCAUAUAUAUUCUUUCACUGGGUAUUCCUUCACUGGGGAAAUGUAUCCAUAUCUCAGCCCACAUCUUCUGAAUGGAAAGAAGAACUCAGAUCCACUGGUCAUCACAGAAAUAGGCUGAUCAAUCAUUGUUUGGCAUUGAAGGUGAAAGACUUGUUUCAGGCUAGGAUUAGGGCUACAGCCAUGUUUAGGGUUGGGUUAGGGUCAGAUACAAAUGUUGUACUUUAUUACACAUAUAAAUAUUUGAAUUAAUAGUUUUGUACACCGUGCCUUCAGAAAAUUCACACACUAUUUCCACAUUUUGUUGUGUUACAGCCCGGAUUUAAAAUGUAUUAAAUUGAAACGUUUUGUCACUUGCCUACACACAAUACCGCAUAAUGUCAAAGUGGAAUUAUAUUUUUAGAAACUUUUACAAAUUAAUAAAAAAGGAAAAU